CUUUUGUCAAGAUUGGUAGCUGCCAGAAUGUUUUUUCUUUUUUAAUCAGUUCCAUUCUUCAGAGCUGCAAGCGAUACAUUCACAAAGUGAGGAAAAAAUGCGGGUACGCAUCUUGAAUGAGCCCGAACGUCGUACGCGCCCACCGCAUGAAUGGAAAGUCGACGCCGCCACCGCUCACGAGAGCAACCUGCCAAUUCGGUGCAGCCGAACCGACUCAACCGAGGGUGUCGGGGGUCUUUUGUCGGCGAGACCCUGUUCAUUACCAGCUAAUCGAAGACCUGGCUGCGUAGGGUCCUCGUGUCGCAUGACGCAGCCGUCGGCGAGCGUUAUUUUCGACGCAUGUGCCACGCCGAGGAAAGGCACUGCUCGACCCGCGAGAGACGACGAGUCAUGCGUGCUGCCGCCAGGGCCGAAAAGGGCGAGGACGAAAAGGGGGCGAGCUUCACCCUCUCCCGUCCAGGGACCUCCCCUCCUGCGCGAAAAUGGACCUACCCCCAGCGCGCCUGCGCGCUGAGUUCCUUGGAAGGUCAAUCGACGAGUUUGGCUAGUAGAUUAAGCACGAGGCAGAAAGGCUGGAGGCUCGUCGUCGGCGCAGGAUCGCCCUUUCGCAUCAGCACACUUUGAGCAGCGGCCACAGAACGCAAUGGGUGAAAACUCCAACAACAACACGCAGAGCAUUGCCGACUACCUCGCGCAGCUGCUGAAGGACAAGAAACAACUGGCAGCUUUUCCCAACGUUUUCAUCCACUUGGAGAGGCUGCUGGACGAAGAGAUCAGCAAGGUCCGGUCAUCUCUGUUCCAAAUCAAUGGCAUGAAAAAAGAGCCCUUGGUACUUCCUGAUGGGAUAGGACCGCCAGUUAGUCGGUCUGAAAAAGUGUAUGUGCCUGUCAAGGAGCACCCUGAUUACAAUUUUGUUGGGAGAAUCUUGGGUCCUCGGGGUAUGACGGCAAAGCAGCUUGAGCAAGAGACUGGCUGCAAGAUAAUGGUUCGGGGCAAAGGUUCCAUGCGGGACAAGAAAAAGGAGGACAUGAACAGGGGCAAGCCAAACUGGGAGCACCUCAACGACGAUCUUCAUGUGCUCAUCACUUGUGAGGACUCCAGCAACAGGGCAGAGGUCAAACUGCAGAAGGCAGUGGAUGAAGUUCGCAAACUACUUGUACCAGUUACUGAAGGUGAGGACGAGUUGAAGAAGAGGCAGCUCAUGGAACUUGCCAUCAUAAACGGCACGUACAGGGACAGCAGUACCAAAGGAGUCGGUCUCGUUUUUGAGAACAGCCCCUUUGCUAAAGCCUCAUUCACUCUUGCAGGUAAAUGCUCACCAACCUUGAUUGCCUUCAGUGCCUUGCAUUUGAGUUUUUUCUUUUUUUUUUUUCUUGCCUUCUCUUUCUUGCACACAGCGCCCACAGCCAUGGGAUUGGCCUUGUCUGCUGCUGACGCACAGCGAUUGAUGGCAGGCGGCCCUCCGCCGCCAGUGGCAUUGGCUUCUCCAAUGCGCGCCCAGUCUACACCACUCGGAGCGCCCCUGAUUUUAUCCCCCCGUGGUCUGCCUGUGGGUCCCCCUAGCGCCCUGCUGAAUGGCUCUGGCCCACCACCGCCUCUCAUAGCCCCAACAGAAGCGGGCCUACUUUACGCAGCAUAUCCCGACUAUCAUCAGUAUGCAGCGCUCACGUCCCCUCUGCUCGCCGAGUAUGCUCCUGACCACUCCCCAGCCGGUGCUGCAGCAAAACAACGCCGUCAUUUGGCGAUUCGCGAACACCCCUACCAGCGGAUUGGGUCCCUAUAAUGAGGGCCUAACCCCAAGACUCCAUCCACCACAAUCUUCCGUCCGCCAAACGAAGACCACUAACCCCCCACCCACUGACACCCCUUGGAAAAGCUCGGCUGUGCUCGGACUAACGGCGGCUGCGGUGGUAAACCGACGUCCGACUACCUUCUGUUGAUGGCGCUUUUUGGCACGUUGUUUGUUUUCUCUUGUAUUUUUUUUACCCCUUCUGCCAGUUUGUUGGCUUUGUUCUGACCAUAAUCUGACCAGUGGUGUAACCAGCCUUUCAGGUGCAAUUGUGCUGCCAAGGGCUGGCACCCACGUGCGCAGACGUGACGUGAUGACCCCUACUCAGCACAUGAUUAUGCACACACAAACGCACUGGCAGCUUCGCGUGUCUAGUGGAACACCUUUAAUCUUGCUAGCUUGGCAAGGUUUGGUCACUAAUAGUGUGCAGAAGCGUGCACACCUGAAAGCUGAAUUUUUUUUAAGAAAUUUUCAUUGGCAUGGCUUCAAGCAUUUUAACUUGCAGUUGCAGGUGCACCUGUUUCUGUUGGCUGAAUAAGCUAUAUUUCGCACAUGUGAAUUUGAAUGCACACUGUGUAUACCCACCCCCUAUUUGUGCAAAGCAGGCUGAAGCUUACCAGCACAAAUUUGUAUAAUGCCUAAGUAAGGGUUGUGUGGCUCUAAAUCUAAGCACAAUAGCACCUCUCUCUGUUCUUGUGCUCCAAAAUGAGGUGCAGUGAACUGGUGGUGUAACAACCAGAAAAUGGAACAAAAAAAAGUAAGGGUGGCAAUGGGGCAGUGGUCAAAUUUUUUUAACUGAAGUCGGCGUCAAACCACCCAUGUGGAGCAGUUUUCAUUUUUUAAGCAUACCUGAAUAGACAGUUAUUAAACUGUCAUGUUUUGGUCUGGGUAGCUGGCCUACACACCACAAUACUCUUUGCACCUUUUCUUGUGAUGAGUGAUGCACCAUGUUGCUUCUGGGUGCUGCAUUGGCUGUUGCAAGAAAUUUUUUACAUAAGUUCAAACCUUCACACACACACACACACAGUAGUGCCUUAUGGUUUCUCAACAUUCAAGCUUGAGUCUCCUCAUCAGUGUUGCGCAUGAAGUUUCAGUGGUACAUCUUUUCAAUACUGGAAAAGUACUGGAGGAAUAGAAGUGUUUUUGUGUGAGUGUAUGCUGUUUUGCAAUGUCGACAGAUGAAAACGAAAAGUUUGUUCAUGAUGUGUUUCCAGCCUAGGAAUUCUUAGUUUUAUUGUUUGACUGCUUAUUGCUUAAAGGACUUGAGCGUGGCAGUAAGGUAGGUGUGCCAUCAUUGACCCGACAUGCAUGAGAAGCAUUCAAACUUUUGUGCAAUAGCUCAUUAACAUCCACAUUUCUGAAGAAUCUCAGUGCCUUAAUGGUUGACUUCCACAGAUUCUAUCGUGCUAGGCAUUCUGCUGUUCAGCACACCUGCCUUAAGGUUGGUCACAAGUUAUGUAAUGUUGUUCCAUUUUCCAGUGUUUUCAGCUGGCAAGCUAGGCAUAGCAUAGCAGUUUGCAAUACAGGUUUUAUUCGUUGGCUAUAACUUUUUUUGUAUGCAUGAGCUUUGUUGUGUAUCAUCUCCCUUCUUAUAAAUGUUUUGUUAAGGGCAGAGUCUACUCAUGUUUUUCAAUUUUUCACUCUUGAGUCGGGAAGGCCCUACCCCCAAAUAUGCUCCUCCUGGCGUGCACUGGUACAAACUGGUACCUAUGCAUUUUUCACCAUGCUACUUAAGUUAUUUCUGUACAUAAUGUGCCGAUUUUAAUUUCAACUUUUGUUGUUUUUGUUGUUCAACACAUCCCCUCCUGUGCACUUCUCUGGCACUUGUUCUCAUAUCUGAGAUAGUGACAGAGCGCCAAGAGGCGAGUUCAUCUGAACAGCUGUGACUCUGAGGUUGUGAUCAGGAUGCAGAGUGCUGCUGUCGGGUGUGUUCCCCCCUCCCCUCCCCCCCUUUUAAAAGCACAUCUUGAUGGCAUGGCAGCUGAGCUUUUGUUCCAAUUUCUUUCCCUUGCAGCUAGGUUCUCUGCAUGUUUGUUUUGGCAGCUGAAAGAGUGAAAGUUGUGCAUAUUCCAUCUGUGCCGCUCGUUAGAAGAAAAAAAUUCUACCUCUUAAGUCAGCUUUGGGAAUACCUUUACAUGUUCCCUUCUGCUUCUUGUGCUGUAAAAGCAGUGGAAUAGCCUCUGGCACAGUGUUGAACGUGCUGGCAUUUUUGCCAGAGCUGCACUUAAUAGGGCCCGUACCAGCUGCAACUGGAGAAAGGUUUAAUUGCCUGUCGCACAGCAUUUGUUAGUGGCACGGAUCUCUGCAUCUUGCAGUGCGAGUACGAAAAAGGCUUCGCUGACUGGCACUGCUCCUUGUAUGGGGGCUGUUUUUGCAAAUGUACAUUUAUGUCCUUUAUUACCCAGCAAAACUACUUAAUUGUGCAUCCUUGUUUAAUUUCUUUUUGGUGGCAUGGGCAUUGUCCAAGUGUUUUUGAGAUCGUAGCUAUUCCGCCCCCUCCCCCUUUUUCUUUCAAUAUUUUCAUGAGCUACUUGCCAGUUUAAACAUUCGUCCUCUGAAUUUGUGCUCCGCAGUGAGCUUUUCAUUUUUAGUGCUGCCGUGAGUAAAGAAUCUCAUUUUCAAACAGGUCUGGACAACUUGUUUUCCAUUCUUGACAUGUGAAAAAGAGGUUAAAAAUGUGCCAAGUUUCAUAAGUGGACCACCUCAUAGUGCAUUCAGUUUGCACGUGCAAAAUUUCUGCAAGUGCCAAAGCAGCCUCGCCAUUCUUUCACAUGCCUAAGUUUGGUGGUACCACCAUGGACAUUUUCCCCCGUUCUUGUUCAAUAUUUUUUUGCUUGAAUCAAAUCUCGGUUCUAUCUUCCAAGUAGAAGGCACUGGUGAUGCCUUUUGGCUAAAUACUGAGCAUUUAUUCAAUUGACAUUAUUUUUCCGAUACUGUGUACUUAAUAAAGGCUUACACAAGAAUGUGAGUGUGCCUGCAGCCCAGGCUCAAGUUGCUUUGUCUUUGCACUUGGAUUUGCAUUAUGCACACUUUUGUUUUCCGCUUUCUUGCGGCUCUAAGCACAACAGCUUCAAGAAUGAGCAUCCAUACCUUUCGGAAGGUUUUGUAUGUUUUCAUAAUUGUGUACUUAAUUUCAUUGUCUCAUAGCAAUAAAACAAGAAUUCUCAUUUUCCCCCCCUC